AGAAAAAGAAAAAGAAAAAAGAAAAAACUUGUCACAGAAAACUCACAUACAGAACCAGCCGAACAUGGCGGAGAGCAAGCUUCUUGUUCUUUCUUUCUUUCUCUCUCUAGAACCGGCCUGCUGCAAUUGAAGAACAAGAAGAAGAAGAAGAAGAAGACGGAUAUUAUAACGCUUGAUCCACUUUUAUUUUCUUUGAUGUUUCGAAUUCUUGAAGUAAUCCGUUGAUUUGAUUCUUCCUCCAUUGGCAGCCAGUUUGAAAUUUGUUCUUGUAUGGUUUUUCUGAGGAAUUUUGCGACGGGAUCCUCUGUUGGAGGGCGGCGUUGAUGAAGCUUCUUCGUCGAUGUCUGAGGAUUCUGAUCCUCUCUCUGCUCUCUGUCUCUGUUUUUGCUCCUUUGGUUCUCGUUUCUUUCCGCCUCAAGACCAUCACUUCUAUUGGGCGGAGGGAGUUCAUCGAUGACUUAUGGAGCAGGCGAAGAGAUGUUGAAGCACUUAGCUCAAUGGAACAGGAAGCGGGCGAGAGCUUGAAAGGACCUAAACCUAUUGUUUUCAAAGAUAAUGAUUUUCAAUCUAGAGAAGGAAUUAACUCCCUUGAAUUUGGAAGUAAUCCCAGCAUAGAACAUAAGGAUAAUCGGUUUGAUGAUGGAGGGGAAAAGAAUAAUUCUUAUAAGGCAACCGGACAACAUGAUCGGGGUGCUGUCAAGCGUGAUAAGAAUGCACGCAUACCCCAGUCUAGAUCAGUAGAUUAUAAGGUAAAGGAGAUGACAGAUCAACUGAUUAGAGCCAGAGUCUACCUAAGUUUCGCGCCACCAGGUAGCAAUUCUCAUUUGACGAAAGAGUUAAGGCAACGAAUCAAAGAGUUAGAACAUGCAGUCGAGGAAGUUACUAAGGAUUCAGCUCUGACAAAGAGUGCUUUGCAGAAAAUGAAGAACAUGGAGUCUUCAUUAGUAAAAGCAGGCCAUGCUUACCCAGACUGCUCGGCAAUGUCUUCAAAGCUUCGAGCUAUGACAGACAAUGCUGAAGAGCAAGUUCGUAUGCAAAAGAAACAAGUUACUUAUCUUGUAAAUCUUGCUGCAAGAACCACCCCUAAAGGCUUUCAUUGUCUAUCAAUGCGACUGACUUCUGAAUACUUCGCUUUGCCACCACCUUCGGAGAGGCAGCUGCUUGAACAGAAAAAGUUGCUUCAUGAUACUAAGCUCUAUCAUUAUGCUGUCUUCUCCGACAAUGUUUUGGCUUGUGCUGUUGUUGUCAACUCCACUGUUUCAAGUGCUAAGGAACCGGAGAGAAUUGUCUUCCAUUUGGUGACCAAUUCAUUGAACUUGCCAGCAAUGUCCAUGUGGUUUUCACUGAAUCCUAUGGGAAGAGCCACAGUUGAGGUCUUGAGAAUGGAGGACUUUGAGUGGCUGUCCAGGGAGUAUGAUUUAGGAUGGAAGGUGCACAAUUUUAGUGACCCAAGGUUUACUUCUGAACUCAACUAUCUUCGGUUCUAUCUGCCAAAUAUCUUCCCUUCACUGGAUAAGGUCGUAGUUCUUGAUCAUGAUGUGGUGGUGCAAAAGGAUUUAUCUGGUUUGUGGCACGUUGAUAUGAAGGGGAAGGUCAAUGGUGCUGUUGAAACUUGUCAAGAAAAUGAGGCUUCUUUUCUACGGAUGGAUAUGUUUAUCAACUUCUCAGAUCCACUGAUUGCUGAUGAAUUUGACAGUAAGGCAUGCACAUGGGCGUUUGGAAUGAACGUAUUUGAUCUUAGGAGGUGGAGGGAAGAAAAUUUAACUGCUCGCUACCAUGAAUAUCUUCGACUGAGUAAUGAACGGCCAAUCUUGAAGGGUGGAAGCUUGCCUUUGGGGUGGGUUACAUUCUAUAACCAGACUACAGCGGUGGAGCGGCGGUGGCACAUGCUCGGACUCGGCCAUGACUCUACCGUGCCACCAGACGACAUCGAGAAGGCAGCUGUUAUACACUACAACGGUGCUUGGAAGCCAUGGUUAGAUAUUGGAUUUGGCGAGUACAAAGGUUUAUGGAGCAAACAUAUGGACUUCGACAACCCAUACUUGCAACAAUGCAACAUCCACGGCUAAUCAAUAGCCAUCAUCAACAAACAACAAACAAAGCUUAGAGGUCAGUCAUUUAGUUACUUUUUCUUACCAUUCUUUCUACUUCUAUAGCAAUUCUUCAUGUAAAUUGAAACUCCCCAUUUCUUCAUGUAGCAAAGUUGAAUCAUAGAAAUGAUUGAAAAUAAGACAUUCCACCUUUUGGUUUGGUUAGCCC